AUGGGUGACCAGUGCACUCUGCGCCUCGUCCGAGAAUUGAGACAGGUUGAGCGGAGUGAGCAACUUGCUUUCACUGUCCGUUAUGAAGAAAGCAACAUUCGUGAUAUACAGGCUCUCAUCAUCGGACCCCCAGGCACCCCAUACGAGCUGGGUUAUUAUGAGUUCUCGAUCAAAAUUCCGUCAGAUUACCCAGCAAAUCCUCCAGCAGUGAAAAUCCGGACGACCAACAAGGGCCGAACUCGGUUUGGUCCUAAUCUGUAUGCUAAUGGGAAGGUGUGUUUGUCGAUCUUGGGAACUUGGCAUGGUUCUCGGGGUGAGCAAUGGUCGCCUGCACAGGGACUCGAAUCCGUUAUGCUGUCAAUUCAGAGCCUGUUAUCAUCCAACCCGUAUACGCUGGAGCCAGGGUUUGAAGACAACGAAAGGGCGAACGACACGGAAAAUAUGGAGAUCUACAAAUCCAAGAUCCGUCAUGAGAAUAUACGACUAGCAGUCAUCACACCUCUUGAACAAGCCUUCCAAACUUCGUCCCCUCCCCGGCGAAUGGCGCCAAGGGUCGGUCAGGAAUCCAGCGCGGAAGAAGAUACUGAUGUCGAACUCGAAGCCGAACACGGAUUUCUCACUCAAAGCAAAUUUCACGACUUUUGCAAGCGACGGUUCCUGUGGUACCUCGAGUUCUACCAGAACGCUAUUGAGAAAGGUAUCGCGGACGAGGCACGGAGGCAAGGAACUCCCUUCAUCCAGAUGCCGUUUGAAGGCUAUGGUAAUGCCAUGUCCGGGGAAUGGAACUACAUCGACUUGCAAGCCCGUCUGUUGGCUCUUCGAGGCCGAUUGAUGGAAGAGACGCACCGCUGGCCCGUGGAGGGUCUUGCUCUGGUCAAGGAGGAUGCUGGGAUUGCAGUCAAAUUGAGGGGUCAGCAUGAACAGAUUGCUGCGGAAAUGAACGCUUGUCCUCAAGUCAUCGAUCUGUCACUGGUUGAUGACAACCCGUUCGUCUGGAGACUCACCUAUGUUGGUCGCAAUGAGUCCAGACUGGAAGGCGGUAUCAUCAAAAUCAAGAUUUACAUCAGUCCCCGACACCCAGAAGAACAACCUCGGGUCUUUGUCGAGUCGCCCCUGUAUCACAUUCGUGUCUCGAAGCUGGGUGUGUUGAUGUACCUUCCUUCGCAUGCUGAAGAGAUCGGCCAACACAUCGAGGGCAUCAUCAACACGCUGGAAGACGACAAUCCUCCGUACAACCCCCUCAUGACAGUGAACCCAGAGGCAACCGCUCUGUGCUGGGGUUCGGAACUAGAUCGCAGGCUCUACAGGCGGAAGCUUCGGGCAUCUCUGGAGGAGUCCUGA